GUCCGCGGACGCCUCACACUCUCUUCCUGUAUAUGUUUUUUGGGGAAGAUUACCGUGAGCCUCGUUCAACGUUAGCCUACUCUUCAGAUAUGCUGACAAUAAGGUGACUUGUGUUAAAACACGAUGGGGAAUUUUAACUAUUUAUGGUAGGAGCAGAUCGUUGGCAGCAGGGUUCGCCGAUUAACACACAGCAGAGGGAUAACUGGAUUACUAGACUGAAAGAAAUCGGUGCUUCCAAACAAUGUCGUGGUUCAAUCAUGUCAAUCAAGCCUCGAAUCAGCAGCAGCAACAGCCGCCCACUGAGGGGUACAGACUCAGUCAUAACUCCGGGCUCAGAUUCCCGACAGAGGGAUCACCCUCAUUGGCAACACAACACUGGACCGGCUUCCCCGGCGCCCCCAGCCCGGAAGACUUCCCUUCAGCCCCACGAGGUGUAGUCAGCCCCCCAAGCCUUGAGAGUCUCUCCUGCACUUCUCCCAGUACAGGUCAGGUUGGAGAUCCGGAGCCCAUCUCCUACGUGAGCCUCCAGGAGCAGAGGUGCGUCCUGUACUGGUUCAAGGGCUGGACCGGCCCUCAGAGGGAGCAGUUCCUGCAGGAUCUUCUGGGGAAAGCUGUGCCUGGAAAAGUGUGCACCCUCCUAGAUUCACUCAGUACUCUUCAGGUUAAAGACAGACUACCAAACAUCUUUGAGUGCCAGCUGCGCCUGUGGACCCAAUGGUUCCAGUCUUGGGGAGAAGAAGAGAGGAACCAUUUCCUACACAUGCUGGAGGAGUGGGACCCGGUUUUUGUUGCCCACUUUUAUAGAUGUGUGGCUGGCACAGCAGGAAGAGACUGAGCAAUGUUUAUUCACUGAAAGUGAAUAUGACAAAAUGUGUCAGAGAGGUGAUAAGAAGUGGGUAAUGUGUGUUCGAUCAGAGAGAGUUCUCUUCAGAGAAAUGUUUGUGGAACUGAUUGACCAUAUUCACAUGGCGGCCAUGUUUAGCCGAUGUCCCAGUCAAGGUUGGAAGCUCCAUUUUAAUGCUGUCCUGCUAAAUCCUGUACUGCUUCCUGAAGGAAUAACAACUGAAAAGACAAGCUAGUCAAAAUAUUGAAGGACAUGGGCCGUAUUUAAGAAGAAACAACGUUUGGGAACCCACAAACCCCUUUUAGAAAACAGCAAACGUUGGCAUCCAACCACCGUUUAGCUAACCAAAGCAGUAGCUAGGUGUUAACUGAUUUCCUCUCAAAUCGUUUAGCACUAAACUUUAACUUUUGCAUUAAGCUAAUUCCUAUCCAAUGGUAAUAUUGGCUUGGAAGUGGCUAAAUGCUAAUAUCAGUUGUCAGGAUGAGUAUUGGGUUACCAUGUGUCAUGUUAGAGCUGAGUUCUAUCAUAUCUUAUCGCAUCAAACUAUUUUAAUAGCAUUCAGCCAGUUUCUAUCUUACAAUAACGUUAGCUUAGAAGUGGUUAAAUGCUAACAUAAGCCCCGUUAGAUGGUAGCUGGCAUAUCAUGAAAUGUGUUGUUUUUUUCUUCAAAUUAAAUCCAAGGUUCCAGCAGAGUUUUAACUGUUGCACAUACAAUAGGACAUCCUCAAAACAGCAACUGAGCCUCCUCCGACCCGGCUGUGACGUCAGCGGAAAAUGGCCUUCGUGUUAAUAUGGUCUGUGGGAAUCAUUGUUGAAGGUUAACCAUUUCAUUGUAAGGACAGACGUUUGUUCAAUAUAAGCUGUUUUGAUUCUGUUUUCUUUGGCCUCUCAGUGGCUACAUCACUCAUUCCUACACUUUUUUAAAACAAAGAUCAGAACAUUUUGCUUCACACUUUCUUAUGGCUGACGCUGUGACCUGGCGAUUGAAAUAAAAUGGUUAAACACUUGGCUAUUUAAUUCACUAGACCUGUUGAUUAGAGACCCCUGGAAUGACAUGAAGAAGAUGAGAAAUCCCUUUGCAGACCGAAACAAAUAAAAAGUAUUGUUGUA